CAGAGACAGACCAUGUUUAAACAGUUUUUUUUUUGUACUGAAAUUGCUGUAUAUAGCAGCACACAAGGCUCCUCUGGCUUGUUUUCUUUCAGCAGAUUGUUGAAUAUUUCAUUCCCUGUGCCAACGUCUCACAUUGCCUUCCUGUAGUGGACGAAAACGGAGUCCACUUUCUCAGGCUCUCCACCCUCUCCCAGGCGCUACAGGUGAGCUAACCCCUCCCCCCCGAGUGCCAGUAUAUAGACACUGAACCAGUAUCAACCUAACACUUCCAGCCAAGCCAAGCGGUCUCCCACAGUGCCAAGGGAAACAUACAUACUGACGGCUUCAUGGCUUCCAGCUACUCUGUGCGGAGCUUCUCCAUGGGCCGCCAGCCCUCCUUCUCCAGCCUGUCGCUGCGGGACAGCGGGCGCAAGCGCUCGGUGGCGUCCGCCGUCUCCUUCUCCAGUCCGCUGACGCGCUCGGCCUCGGUCAGCCACGACCUCAACGUGCUGUCGCACAACGGCCUGGGCAACAGCACCAACGAGAAGGAGGCCAUGCAGAGCCUCAACAACCGGCUGGCCAACUACCUGGACAAGGUGCGCACGCUGGAGCGCUCCAACGCCGACCUGGAGCUGAAGAUCAAGAAGAUGAUGAUCGAGCGCGUGCCCAAGGGCCACGACAUUGACAGCAUGAUGGCUCAGGCCCACGCCCUGGAACAGGAGUUGAGGAAGAAGACACUGGAAAAUGCUCGACUCAUGUUGGAGAUUGACAAUGCCAAGCUGGCUGCUGAUGACUUUAGGAUCAAAUGGGAGGCCGAAAGUGCCAUGACCCAGUCUGUGGAGAGGGACUGCAUAGCCCUGAAGAAGGCCAAGUCUGACCAUGACCAGAUCAAUGCCAGUUUGCGGGGUGACCUGGACAGUCUAAAGGAGGAACUCUACUUCCUGAAAAAGAAUCAUGAGGAGGAAAUGGAUACAUGGAGGUCUCGCAUUGCAUUAGAGGAGGUGAACGUGGAAGUGGAUGCAGCGCGUGGGCCGGAGUUGGGUGCUGUCCUGUCAGAUCUGAGGUCCCAGUAUGAGGGCAUCGUCCGGAAGAACAAGGAGCAGGCAGAGCUAUGGUACCGCAAAAAGCUGGACACAGUUCAAACGGAGGUGAAGCAGAGCAACGAGGCGCUGCGCAGCACCCAGAACGAGCUCAGCGAGAGACAGCGCUUCCUGCAGACCCUGGAGGUGGAGCUGGAGAGCCUCCACAAACAGGUGUCGACUCUGGAGGGUAACCUGGGGGAGACCAAUCAGAAGUAUGCGCUGGAGAUGGACCGUCUGCAGGCCACACUGACACAGCUGGAGGAAGACCUGUCACAGCUGCGCCUGGACAUGCAGCGCAACAAGACCGACUACGAGCAGUUGUUGCGCAUCAAGCAGAACCUGGAGAUGGAGAUUGCCACCUACAGGAGGCUGCUCGAGGGAGAGGAAGGGAUGAAAGAGGUCCCUCCUCCACCAAAAAAAGAGCCUGAUGUUAGAACCAGGAAGAUAGUAAAGGUGGUCACCCAGACCAUGAUCAAUGGUAAAGUGGUCGAUGAAUCAAGUGAAGUUGAACAGAUCGAGGAAACCAAGAAGUGAGAAGAAAGCAACUACUCAUACCUAAGAUUUUGCCCCCUUGCACCUUAGAUAAUAGGGACCAAUUGCAAGACUGGACACAUAUGCAUGCCCACACGCGUACGUGCACACACAAACACAAACACACAUACACAUACACACACACUUCAGUAGUCUAUAACUUUGCUAAUAUCUGUUCUGUAGCAUCAUAUAUCGUAGACAUAGAAUAUAGUCCUAGGUAGGUUUUAAGACGUUAGAUAAAUCAGUCCAUUAUUUCCCACAGUGAUUGAUUUGUUUUAUAACCUUAAGGUAUUUAUUUGUGUCUUGGAAGCUUUUAGUGUACUUGCAAUAUCACUCCCAAUUUGUUAUUGUUGUACUAAAUAAAGAAACUAUA